GUUGGAUUUUGUAGCGUCCGAAUAGGGUCCGACCCGUUUCUCCCUCCUCCGCUGAUCUCAAUACUCCUCGAGCCUCUCUCUGUACUCUCUCCCCCUCCCCCCUCGGCGAUUCUAGAGGAAAUCAAGAUACAAGGCAGUGGAUGGACACUGCAAUUCUGUCUUUGUCUGGGAUUAAUCAAGUUAUUUGCAACAAUAAACUUCAAAAUUUCCGAAUAUCUUGUGGCCCUAGAGCUGGAAGUUAUAAGCUAUGCUGCUUGAUUGCAGGUUUCAGGGCUCAAACUGUUAGGUGCGCAAUGAAAUCUUACAAGUUGUCAGAGCUUACUUAUGCUGAGGUCAAUAGCCUCAAGGCUCGGCCUCGAAUUGAUUUCACCUCAAUUUUUAGUGUUGUGCAACCCAUUGUGGAUGAUGUGCAAAGUAGAGGAGAUGCUGCUGUUGUAGAAUACACCUCGAGGUUUGACAAAGUUACAUUGAACAAAGUGGUAGAGCUUGUCUGUGAUCUUCCGGAUCCAGAGCUAGAUCCAGCUGUGAAGGAAGCAUUUGAUGUGGCAUAUAACAAUAUAUAUGCAUUUCAUCUUUCUCAAAGGACUCCCGAGAAGAAUAUUGAGAACAUGAAGGGUGUCAGGUGCAAAAGAAUAUCAAGGGGAAUUGCUGCUGUGGGCUUAUAUGUCCCUGGGGGAACUGCUGUCUUACCAUCAACUGCUUUGAUGCUAUCAGUGCCUGCUCAGAUAGCUGGAUGCAAGACUAUUGUCCUUGCAACUCCUCCAAGUAGUGAUGGAAGUAUCUGCAAGGAGGUACUUUAUUGUGCCAAGAAAGCUGGUGUGACUCACAUAUUAAAAGCUGGAGGAGCUCAGGCGAUUGCAGCCAUGGCUUGGGGGACUGCAUCUUGCCCGAAGGUUGAGAAGAUUUUUGGGCCUGGUAAUCAGUAUGUUACAGCUGCAAAAAUGAUUCUUCAGAACAGUGAAGCCAUGGUUUCCAUAGACAUGCCUGCAGGCCCAUCAGAGGUUUUAGUCAUUGCAGAUAAGCAUGCAAACCCUACCCACAUAGCUGCAGAUUUACUCUCUCAGGCAGAACAUGGUCCAGAUAGUCAGGUUGUUCUUGUGAUUGUUGGAGAUGGUGUUGACAUCGUUGCCAUUGAGAGUGAAAUUAGCAAACAAUGUGAUAGCCUUCCAAGAGGAGAGUAUGCUUCAAAAGCACUUGGCCACAGCUUCACUGUAUUUGCUCGAGAUAUGGUUGAGGCUGUCUCAUUCUCAAACUUGUAUGCUCCUGAGCAUUUAAUUAUUAAUGUCAAAGAGCCAGAGAAGUGGGAGGGUCUCAUUGAGAAUGCAGGCUCCGUGUUUUUAGGGCAAUGGACGCCGGAAAGCGUGGGUGACUAUGCAAGUGGGACUAAUCAUGUCCUCCCUACUUAUGGGUAUGCAAGGAUGUAUAGUGGAGUGUCAUUAGAUUCCUUUCUCAAAUACAUCACUGUGCAAUCUCUAACAGAAGAAGGAUUAAAGAAUCUCGGUCCUUAUGUGGCGAAAAUGGCCGAAGUUGAAGGGUUAGAAGCCCACAAAAGGGCGGUUACCCUCAGACUUCAGUCCAUGGAAGCUGCUCUCCCUAUUUGAAGCCGAUUCUCGCGAUAAAUUCUUAAACUGUAAUGUUUAAUUAUUUGGAAUUUUUGUUGUGUUAUGAUGUAUAGGAUGUAUUUAUGUGCUAUUUCCAGUAAGCUUGAUGAAGAACUUUAAAGCAGGGAUGUGACUGGCAAAAGCCGUCUAGAGCAUAUGCCUGAACUUUGUUUUGGCGAAAUAAUGUAAAGAUUGUUUGUUUGAUAAUGAAUUGUCCCCGGCACUAAAUUUAAUUGAAUAAGGGAUGAUUUUGAUUUGUAA